AUGAGUGUAUGUAUAUUUACAUGUAUAUUUUGUGUUUGUGUUCGUUACUCUAUUUCAGUUACCGUUGGACCUCCUGAGAACGUCUGGGUGACCCCGGGAGAAGGCUCCCUGAUCAUCAGAUUCUCCUCUCCCUUCGACAUCCCUGCCUCCCUGGCCACUUUUGUGUACUAUGUCCAUUACUGGGAAAAGGCAGGAAUCCAAAAGGUUAAAGGUCCCUUCAGGAGCAACUCCGUUGUGCUGAAUGACUUGAAACCCUUAAGAGAAUACUGUUUACAAGUGAAGGCGCAUCUGGUUUGGACAUACUACAACAACAUCUCUAGACCCGGACAUUUAAGCAACAUAUCUUGCUACGAAACAACAAUGGAUGCCACUACCAAGCUUCAACAAGUCAUUAUCAUUGCCGUGGGUAUCUUUCUGUUGCUGUCGGCGCUGGCGGGGGCCUGUUUCUUCCUGGUCCUGAAAUACAAAGGCCUGAUAAAAUACUGGUUUCACUCUCCGCCAAGCAUCCCGUCACAAAUCGAAGAGUAUUUAAAGGACCCGAGCCAGCCUAUCUUAGAGGCCCUGGACAAGGACACGUCGCCAACGGAUGAUGCCUGGGACUCUGUGUCCAUCGUUUCGCUUCCAGAUAAGGAGCAAGAAGACGUUCCCCAAAGCACUUUGACCCAAGACUCUGGUCCGGUCUGCCAGCCUGUGGGACAAGAGCUCUGAGCCAAGGAGGCUGCUGAUGGCCCUGGCAGGACUCUCUGGAGCCCAGUAUUCUGUAUUCCUGUCCCCAAAAGGCCCGUCAGUGCCUGGGAAGACGUAACGGGUCUCAUGGGGGCAACAAGCCUCAUUUUUUUUAAGAGUUUUCUAAUCAUACACGUUUCCAGAAUGAUUCUACAGAGAUAGCCCCGAAAGAUUAAGAUUUCUCUUAAACACUAAAAAGACAUGUAAUUAUUUGUUAGCAAAGCAGCUCUGGCAUGCCUCUGAUGCUUUGUUAGUCGGCAGCCAGGACACGGGGUCCCCUCCUUGAUGCAGCCCCGCGGGCAGAUCACGUCACCUGUCCCUGCCUGUCCCAAGAAGGGACAUUAAGUGGCCCUUCUUCAUAUCCAGUCACCCGACUUAAAAUGUGAUUCUUCCUGUAAAUAGUUUCCUAGUGAUUUAAGCCUUUUUUUUUUAAGCUAGUAAUAAAAGACUGUAAUUAA